AUGUUCCUCCAAACUGUUGGGCUUCUGCUUCUGGCGGCGAUUCUUGGACCCAUUCUGGUGGCGUCCGAGGGAAUCGAGUCCUACGAGAACUACUACAACGAGAUCCAUGUGGAUGACGAGCAGGCGGAGGCCAAGACCCGCAAUGCGUUGACUUCUCCGCUCCAGCGCUGGCCUGGCAACAAGAUAUUCUACCGCAUAUCAACGGACUACAGUGAACAGGAGGUGGCCAAUGUGCGGACAGCAAUGGCGAGUUUCGGCGAGCAAACCUGCGUGCAGUUCGAGGAGAUCGAAGGAUCUCCUCCCGCAGGCAAGCGAUACGUGUCCUUCAAGAAGUCGCCCAACAUGUGCGGCACUCGGGUGGGCUAUCAACCCUUGUCCUUUGGCCCGCACGAAGUUGUCCUUAACGAGAGAUGCCUCACCAUGCCGGCUGUGAUUCAACACGAAACCCUUCACCUGCUGGGCCUGUUCCACGAGCAGAGUCGUCCCGAUCGCGAUGAGUACGUGCAAAUCGACUACGACAACAUCCCGCGCAAGUACUGGUCGCAGUUCAUAGCCAUGGAUCAGACGACCACCUUCAAUGUCCCGUACGACUACGAGAGCGUUAUGCACUAUUCGAAGAACGCCUUCGCCAAGGAUCCCGCAAAGCCAACCAUUCGGGCCCUAAUCGGUGGCAAGGCUGUGGAAAGGGAAAUGGGUCAGGUGCGGGGACCUUCUGAAGGGGAUUGGACCAAAAUUCGAUUGAUGUACAAGUGCUAG